CAGCGGAAGUAGAUUAUGCGCAUGCGCAUUGGCUUCCGCCUUCUAGAUUGUUCGGUUUCUAUGACAGGAGCGCAGUGAGAGUUUGUGCUUUUCAUCUAUAAAAGGCCCGUAACUUGGCUGCAGCCAUGGUGUGCAUCCCCUGCAUUGUCAUCCCAGUUCUGUUGUGGGUCUACAAGAGGUUCCUGGAGCCCAUUCUCUACCCUUUCAUCUCGCCCAUCAUCAAUACAUUCUGGACCAAAAAAGCAGUGCAGGAAUCCGGCACAGGUGACACGGCUGUCGGUGAGAAGUGUAACGGGACAUCCAAGGAGCUCAACCACAAUGGGGACAUUACUGCCAAUGGAUCCACUGCAGCAGGCGAUAAGAAGACAGACUGAUCAUUCUGACUGGUUGUAGAUUGUUCUAUAGCAAAAACUAAUAAAACUGUAAAUAUUUUAAAUGUUGUAUUCAUAAUGUUCCAGAUGACAUGUAGUUUAUUGACUUUAUCACAGUAUUGUUAAAUAUUGCAGCUCUUAGCUAUUUUUUGACCGCAUCCACCCUGAUGUUGAAAUUAUUAAAAAAAAAAAAAAAAAAAGACUGUUCGAUAUGUAUCAAUUAUUAUUAUUUGAGACUUGUGAAAGGAAAACAUUCUAUUCUUGGACUAUUCUUAAUAAUUGUACAGCAUGUACUUUGUAUGCAGCGAUGGUUGUUUGAAAGUGCUCUAUAAAUACAGUUGAGUUGAGAUAAU